UGAGUUUUAAAAAUUAAAUUGAAAAGAAUUUGUUUAUACCUGAACGACUGGUUUGUUAAAUUUUGAUGACGAUAGUCGUCCAUUUCUUUCUUCACAAAACCAGCAAAAUGUGUUGAACAAAAGCUGAUAUAGCAAACAUGAACAGAAACGCAAGAAACCAUAAAAAGACUGACGAUCAAAAUGUACAGGGAUUGAGAAAAGUAAGCUUCUGGGAAAAAUACGGCGCCAAACGUUUUCCUUAUCGUGGGAGGCGCAGAUACUCACCAUUUGUUUACCGAUCUGAAGACGGAGGGAUAGUUAUCUCAAAUGACGUUUUUGGGCUGACCAUCAGACAGUUUGAACGCACGUAUAAUGCGUGUUUAGACAGAAGAAAAACACACGAGCAGUACAUACUUAAUAUUAGAUAUCCUGACAAAACAUCAGACAAAUAUAUGGAAUACUUAGAGAACAGUAGAUAUAACAAUACAGAUAACUUGUCCUGGACUAGAAGUGAUUUGAAGGUGAAAUUAUUGUUCGAAAACUUAGUGCAUAUAGCUGGAAAUGAAAUAGACAUGCGUAAAAGACAACAACUAUUUAUCAUUAAAGAUAUGAUAACUAAUAUAUCUGAGUCGGGAAUAACAAACAUAUCAAGCGGAAGUUUAGCAGAAGGUAUUGAUUUACCAGGUAGUGACAUGGAUAUAAUGUUCGUCAUUAAAGAAGUAGACAUAAUACGGGAUGUAAGGAAUAUAAAACAUCCACUUCAAAAUACAACACUUGUGAUGGAGACUGAUAAUGAUAAUCCUGGAUUUGCUAAGCUUAAAUUGAUCGAAGGAGGGGAUGGACGUUUCAUAACACCUGAGUCAUUUAACAGCAGUGUACAAGGUUUAUACUUAUCGGUUAACCAAUUUGUUAGUAAUUUAAAUAAUUUUUUGCCAAAUCAGUUUUCAUUACAUGGCCCCUGUAUAUCAGACGAAGUGAAAAACGUUGAUUUGGCUUACUGUCUGCGAAGUAAAUAUUUACCUUACAGUACAAUGCCAUGGGCAUCGCGUUAUCGACAGCAAUGGCCACCUAAUUCCGCAAUUGACAAGAUUAAGAAAUGCGGAUGUUUGUUAGUACCUAUUGGGCCAAGACAUAUGACAUAUUGUGAUGAAUUAUGGAGAUUAUCUUUCUCUGUGGCAGAAAAACAUCUUGUACAUUCGUUUAAUUUCACUCAACUUUUAUGCUACUGUCUCCUCAAACUAACAUUAAAACGUAUCGUUAACACUAACAAACGUGUCGAAGAUUUAUUAUGUUCUUACUUUCUGAAGACAGCUUUAUUCUGGGUCUCGGAAGAAAUAGAUAUUGAAACCUUUCAACUGACUAAAUUAUUUGUUUGCUUUUCGAAAUGCCUCGAUAAGUUGUUAUUAUGGGUACAGAAGUGUUACUGCCCGAACUAUUUUAUACCUGAGCACAACAUGUUCCUAGGUAAGGUCAAUUCAGAUAACAAUAUAAUACUGCUAAAAAUUUUGAAUGUCAUUAAAUGCGAUGGAAUUGACAGAUUAACAAACCAAAUAUUUCCGUACAACGUUGGAAGUCUUCGUUCACGAAGAACAAGUGAAUACUCGUCUAGUAUGAUAGACUUUCUCUUUUACAGAAUAGAUUAUUUAGAUAUUGUAUCGGACAUGUCACACUGUUUAAAGGCACUAAUGUUUACCGAGUAUUUAAUCAAGUCCAAAUAUUCUGCAUUUAUAAUUGAUGUAUGUAAACAGUAUCAUGCUAGCAUAAGUCAAUAUGCAGCACAAUUAUUACAUGUACCAUCAAGAUCAAUAACGACGGAAACGUACAACAUACAUAAACGUUAUCAUAAACAUCUACAAGACGGUAUCAAGACAGACAGUGUAUCGGGGUGGUUGUUAUACGCGUCGUUUUAUUAUGUAACAGGACAGUUCGAUGUUACACUUAGACUUACGGAUUAUGUUCUGUCAAGAUGUUCACCUGAUAUGUUGACAAUUGGAUGUCCAAACUAUAGUGACGAAGAUUUGAAUAAUUACAGAAGUCAUGUUCAUCAUUCAAUGACGCUGCGCGACAGGUCAAGAAAUGCAACUGUUUGCCGUGUUAAGUACCACCAGAAUUCGUCAUUAAUACCACGGGAACUACGACUAGAGGUGAAGGGCGGUGUCCAAAUGAUACCACCUACUGUUAUGUCUCAUUGUCUUAGAUUUCUGUGCUAUCAUCAUCUUGGUGAUAUAUCCAACAGACAACAGUCCUUACAUGAUUUAAACAGAGAAAAUCAAAACUACGAUUUUAAUAUUACCGUAUAGCGGGUUAUUUUCGCGGGUCUAAAAUUUCGCGAUUUUCAAUGAAUAAGGUAUACGAAAAAUUUUGGCGGUUAUUAUUUUGGCGGAUUCAACAUUUUCAACAUUACCUUUGCAUGUACACUUUUAAAUUGGCGGAAUUUAUUUUGGCGAUUUUGUUCUAUCCGCGAAAAUAAGCGAAAAUUAACACCCCGCGAAAAUAACCCGCUAUACGGUAUUUGUCAGUUUCAACAUUAAUUGGAGCAUGCUAUUUACUUAGUCAAUAAACGGUAUUGGUAA